UGUUUAUCUCAAGCAUCUACCUGGAAGGAGAAAGGUCGGCAGACCUAGUCGUUAAACAGCUAGAGAGCUAGCUGGAAUAAACCUCGAAUUUUCUUGUUACCAGGACAACACUGCUUAGGCCCUUGGGAAGGCAAAGUGACAGGAGCAGUAACUGCAUGUGCAGAGCUCCGCGUAUGGGAGGGAGGGGGAGUGGCUUUUCCUGCUGCUGUGUCGUCUGGCGGCCGUGCAGGGAAAGGUUUGGGAGAGCAUCAUUCCCAGACCCUGAGCAAUCUGUACAGUGUGCUACCAAGAGGAAUACUCAGCGAAAGCGCCGCGGGGGAGCAGUAAAUGCCAGGCAAGCUCGGAAGCGGAACAGGCUAGUGGCUUCUACUGCAGAAAUGGCUUCAGAGGCAGAGCCAAUAGAAGUUGAAGAAAGUGCUGGUGAAGAAGUAGUAGAUCUCACUUGUGAAUCUUCUGAACCUGUAGUCGUUGAUCUAACUCACAACGAUUCUGUUGUGAUUGUUGAAGAGAAUCAACGGCCAAGGAGAAACCUCAGACUAAGAAGUCAGAGACAGUCAGACAGCUGUGUGCUGAGUAGUGAUGAUGAGGAUGAAACAAGAGACAAUGAUGUGUAUGUGACAAAUAAAGUAUCUCGAGAACUGGGACCACUAGAAGAUGAAACUGCAGGUUCCAAGCCGUCUGGUACCGUCAGCUGUCCCAUUUGCAUGGAUGGCUACUCAGAGAUUGUGCAAAGCGGACGACUGAUUGUGUCAACCAAAUGCGGCCACGUCUUCUGCAGCCAGUGCCUCCGUGAUUCCCUUCGGAAUGCCAACUCGUGCCCAACCUGCAGGAAGAAACUCAAUCACAGACAAUAUCAUCCCAUCUAUAUAUGAAUACUUCUAUUUCUCAGGACAAACUCUACUGGAUUUUUGGGGAAAACACCGUGUUUUCAGUGCUCUGAAGAUUUAAAGAGCAGCAAGUUGUGCACGCAUCCAAAUAAAACUGAUUUUGCUGGAGAACUUCUAAUGUAUAUUGACAGCUUUCUUAUGGUCCAAGCUGCUUCUCGUCCUGUCCCUGGUCAUAAUGUUCAGUUUAGGACUGUCUUCUAACUGGACCAGCAGCCUGCAUCAGAAAGGAAGCAGCUCAUCCAUGUCCUUCUUUUUUUUUUCUUGCUUUAAUAAGAGGGAGUUGAGUAUUUUGUUAUUCCUCAUUCUAAGUUAUUUUCCCCCUGGUGUACGGAUGCAGAGUAGUUCCCUUCCCAGCUGCAGAUGAGCGGUUGCCCCUUUCCUUACAUUUCGGUUGUUGCCCUGUGAGAAGCUCAUGACUCUGUUGCAUUCUGCUAUAACUUCUUUGCCCAAGAAGAGUAAGUUGUGUGAGGAUGGAUUUUUGUCAUAAAUCGAUAUGAAACUGACAGCUGAGGUCAUGCAAUAACAGAACCUGCUGUUAUCCAGCCCUUGGGUGCUUUGAGCAGGGGGCUUGAACACGCAGGUGUCUUUGUGAACUCCAUGAGAUCUGAAGCACAGAGACAAACGACAACGGGUGCAGUGGGAAAAUACAUUCUGGAAUGUUUAACUGCCAACAACUCCUGAACUUGAACCACAGCACUGAACUGAUUUUCUAAGCCUUUAUUUUCUGACAUGGUGAGAUGGUCUCUUGGGUUUACCGGCGCUCUCCUGUGUACCCAGAACAUUGUCUUCUCUAGGCUUGCUAGCAAUAAAUUAGAAGCCAAUUGUAUGCUGUCCUCUUGUCAGCUGAAGACCAAACUACCUACAGACCUUCCUGAUCAAAUUGUCAAUCUCUGCUUUAACCCUGUUACAGCUAAAAUCUGCAAGCUGAUGCGGAAUCCCAGCUGAGCUGAUACAAACAGGAUCACAAGAGUUAAAUGUAGAUGAGGUGAUAGAAAUCAGUGCUGUAUGAUCCACAUCUGCAGUAGCCCCAGCUAUGAAAAAAGAAAAUGAGGCUUGGACACCCUUUGGCAAGUGGUUGAUGAUGAAGACUGGAAAUACUGUUCAGUGCUCUGGUGCAGCAUGAUGGUUGGAUGCAUUUAGUUAAUGCUGAUACCUGAUGUGUCUUUGCUAACCUGUCCCUAGGGCUCUGCAGGAAGCCUUUAAUUAAUUCAGCUCUUCUAACUAGCAGCCUCAAGUUCUGUAUUGAAGAGUGCAGGGGUAAAGAGGCUUUUGUUAGGAUGGUUAGGGAUGUUUCUGGAUGUACUAACACUGAGUUUAGUUCCAUAAAGGCUGGCUGAACUACAGUACCUUUCCCCACCCUGCUUUGGAAGAGCUCUAGAUCAGCUGUUGUCAGGAAUAUGCAGUUUGCAUUGUGACAGUGUGGCAACUGCUCAGCAGUUGCACAGGUUGCUGUGUGUUCCCAUGGGUGACACAAACUGCAAGCAAGGACUGCAGCAGGCUUAGGACAGUGCAGUGACAACUACAACCGGUGUUUGUGUCCCAAAAAGCAGCUAAUCAGUGGCACAGCUGGAAACGUUGCACGGGGAGAGGCAGCCCAGCCUGAACACUGGUGAGACACUUCAGGGCCACAGGAGUAGCUUAAUAAAGAAGAAAAAAGCUCACUGAUGGCCAGUGUUCCUUCAGUGGCUGCUGCAGGAGAGGGAUGGUAAGAAGGGGAUCUGAGGAAUUGCCUCUGAGGGUGAAGGAGAGUCUUGUAUCCAUGCAUCUUCCACAGUAUACUAGCCAUAGCCUAAAAUGCCUUUGCACAACUCCCUCUCUGUAAAUAUCACUUGAUAGUUUGUGUCUCAAGAAAUACCUUGAACUGAAAUCCAGAUAUCUCAACCUACAAAACACAGAACAAAACUCUUUGGCUUCUUAUGUACCCUGUGAAGUGCCACAUAUCUGGUGCAUCUCAAAAGAAAUCCUGAGUCUCAGUAUGUGGAAAAAACUGAAUUGCAUUACAGGGGGGAGGUUAGGGAGGGAAAAAGAGAAAAGAAAGCCCAGUGUCAUUGAGUUCCAGUGCUGCUUCAUGUUGGCAGGAACCAGUAGAGAAUAAACAGACUUUUUUCUGUUCUGUAAAUGUAUGUCUUGUAUAGAAUUCCAUUUCCCCCUGUAUUUAAUUGUAUUCAUGUCUGUCUGUCCCAUUUCUCCCAGCCUCCACUGGUAGGCAAACGGUUCUUUUACCAGGUUGAAAUAAAGUUUAU